CUUUUGUUACAUCCACAAUCAAAGAAAUUGAAUUGAUCAAAUUUAAAGAUAUUAAUCAGAGAAAAGAAAAACACAGAUUUCCGUCGAUUCGAUCAGAUUCAUUUACUCAUAUAAUUUUAUACAUUAUUAGUUGUUUUACAUCAAGAUUGUUUGCUCUACGGUUCUUGUUUUCUUUUUAUGACAGAGUUCGAAUAAAAAAGUUUUUUCCUUCCAACAAUGUCAGACAUACUGGGAUUUCUUAAAGUCAUUGUCCAAAGAGGUAUUAAUCUUGCUAUUCGCGAUGCCAUUACCAGUGAUCCUUACGUUGUUAUCCAUAUAGGUCAACAGAAAUUGAAGACGCAUGUGAUAAAAAGAAAUUGCAAUCCAGUUUGGAAUGAAGUGUUGAUUUUUUCAAUUAAAGAUCCUAAUGUUUCUAUCAAUUUAGCCGUUUACGACAAAGACACGUUUACAUUAGAUGAUCAAAUGGGUAUGGCGGAGAUCGACCUUAAACCCUACAUAGCGGCUUUAAAGAUGGCAAAGGGUUUGCAUAAUCUACCAAACAGUUGCGCACUGAAACGAAUACAACCGAAUCAGAAUAAUUGCCUCGCCAAUGAGAGCAGCAUCAUAUGGGAGAACGGCAAGAUCACUCAAGACAUGCGAAUCAAACUAAAAAAUGUCGAGUGCGGAGAACUUUUGAUCCAACUCGACUGGAACGAAACUCCUAAUUGUAAGGGUUUGGAAAGUGAAGACAUUACUACCUUAGAAAAAUUGAACAAUUUGGACUUAAUUUAG